GAGGCUAUUCAGCAGGGUCAAAGCAACAAUCUAGAUCCUGCACUGAUGAAACUGCAAGACCGACGCUAUGUAGCAUAGCAACGGAGUCGAGAACGUAAGACAAUUGGAUAGGGCAUGCCCACUCCGUGUACUCUAUUACCCGAAAGCAUAAACCAACCCAAGUAUAGAGCCAGAUCUAGACUCACCCGCGAACAAACAAAUCUCAACCCUCAUGGCACGAUCUAGAACACCAAGAAGAAGUCAAUCUCCGACCCACAAUCUCAUCCUAUUCCUUGGAACCGUGACAUCAUCCACCCCAAACCCAAUAUAAGCUUAACUUUGGCCUCAUUCCAGACCUCCCCUAGACCAUCUACCCGCCGGUCUACCUUCCCCGUUCAACUCAACUUCACAUCCGCCACCCAACCACCCGCAUUUCCACCGCAUCAUGUCCAAACGCAUCAGCACCUUCUUCCAACCUCUUCCGUCUAAGAAACUCAAACCGGAUGCAACUACGACAGCACAAUCAUCAUCAUCAUCAUCAUCAACAACAACAACAGUCCCACCAAAACCGUCCACCUACACCCAUCACCCAAGUUAUCCCAUCCCGAUUCGCGACCCGCCCAGCACCAUUGCCACGCCUCUCCUCUCCAAUCCAGCACCUCGACCUCCCAAAGCCUUAACCAACCACCCGCACCUGGAUCUACUCUACUUUCAACCCUUUCUCCCCUCCCCACUGGCCCGAGACCUAUUCCAGUUCCUGCGAAACGAACUCCCCUUCUACCGCGUUCGAUAUACCAUCCGGCGCGGUGGAACAGAAACAUCCAUCAACACGCCAAGAUACACGACUGUUUUUGGGGUUGACGAUACAUCGACAUUCAUUAUUGAAAACUCCGAAUCUACUAGUUCCAAUUCUGAGACCAGUGUCCAAGACGAAACUACAAAUAAUCUACUAGAUCCUCCUCCAGCCAACUCACCAAUAUUGGUCGACAGUAGUACACGCACUCCCCUCACCGAAUCCAAAUCCAGAUACCGAUGCAGGCCUCGACCCAUCCCGCCGUGUCUGGACAUUCUGCGCCAAGCAGUGGAGAAGGCCACGGACGAUGGGACCAGAUAUAAUUUCGUCCUGGUGAAUUACUACGCCACAGGGGACGAUAGUAUCUCGUACCAUUCGGAUGAUGAGCGGUUCUUGGGCCAGAAUCCCACCAUUGCGUCCUUAUCGCUUGGCGCGGGGAGAGAUUUCCUGUUGAAGCAUAAACCAGGUGCUGCUGGUGGUACUACUGAUACUGAUCGUGCGAUUGCAAAUGCAGCUGCGAAACCGCUCAAGUUUCCCCUCAAGUCCGGCGAUAUGCUAAUAAUGAGGGGCGAGACUCAGUCAAAUUGGUUGCACAGUGUGCCUAAGCGCAAGGGGUUGCAGGGAAGUGCUGGUGCUUUGGGCCGGAUCAAUAUCACGUUUCGGAGAGCGGUGGUGCCUGGUGGUACGGAGAAUUACUAUCGAUAUAAUGUGGGCGAUGGAGAGGUGUAUCGGUGGAGAGAUGAGGAGGGGAAAAUGGUUGCUACUACUGAAUAGUUUACGAUUAUGUUGUAGCUUCAUGCAUAUAUAGA